AGCAACAUUUUCGCAGUUGACUGCGUCAGUUCCACUUUGACGGCUGUGAGAAAAAUUUCGUAUAUUUAACGCGCGAAAUUUUCUCUAUUUUAGUGAAACAGCAACCUAGAAAACUGGUAGAAAAGUGCAAAAAAAGCUCAAUAAAUACAUAGAAUAGUGGCUAGAGUUGUAAAACGGUAGUGCGUGCACGCUGUUGCUAAAUAAAAACUUAUAAAAGUACACUGAAGUGUGUAGUGUGAAAGAAGUGUUCUUUACGUGCUGCGACCGUGUGUAAAAUUCAUUCUCACUUAUACUAUAUUAAAAAAAAAUUUAAAAAAAAAAUAUCAACACGCGCAAGGUAUUGUGUUAAAUUUAGCACUAAUUUGCUUGUAAAAAUAAAUAUACAGUCAGCGUGUAAAUAAUGCAAGCAACAAUAUAAAAGUUAUAUAAAUUGUAUCCCAAAAAGCCAUAAAACUCAACAAGUAUACAUAUAUAAAUUGCGAAAUUCAUAAUUCAACAAGGACAGCAAUUAAAAAUUUCCACAUCAACAGCAGCAGCAACAAAAAUAAAAUAACUGCGUAGGGUAUCCGACGAAGCCAUAUUUGUUACUGUGAAACAAACAAAGAAUAUAAUUUUUUUGGAUAAAAUUGCAAACGUGUGCAUCAGCAGGAGGCAUUAAGGAAAACCGCAACUACUAUGUACCGCGGUGGGCGUAGGUGGGGCAUGUCCCAUUCCCUACCUUCCGGCAUGUCACGUUAUGCGUUUUCACCGCAGGAUACAGAUUUCACCUCGUCGUAUCCAGGUCCACCAAUGAAUCGGCGCGGUUAUAACGAUUUUUCAGGCGGCGGCGGCGGCGGUGGCAGCAUGGGUGGUGGCGGCGGCAGCGCCAUGGGUUCCAUGAACAAUAUGGCGCCCGCCGCCAGCACAAAUUCGCUGAAUUGUGGCAGCGGUGGCGGUGGCGGUGGCGGGGACGGACUAGGUGGCGGCUCGAAUGGCACAAAUCUAAUUGUGAACUAUCUACCACAAGAUAUGACAGAUCGUGAACUCUAUGCUUUAUUUAGGACAAUCGGUCCUAUAAACACUUGCAGAAUAAUGAGAGAUUAUAAGACUGGUUACAGUUUUGGUUACGCUUUUGUUGAUUACGCUUCCGAAACGGAUUCACAACGAGCGAUAAGAAGCUUAAACGGCAUAACAGUGCGCAAUAAGCGUUUAAAGGUUUCAUAUGCUCGUCCUGGCGGUGAAUCGAUUAAGGAUACCAAUUUGUAUGUUACGAAUCUACCACGUACAAUAACCGAUGAUCAAUUGGAUACCAUAUUCGGUAAAUAUGGCAUGAUUGUACAAAAGAAUAUACUAAGAGACAAAUUGACGGGCAAACCACGUGGCGUUGCAUUUGUCAGAUUCAAUAAGCGCGAAGAAGCACAGGAGGCAAUUUCCGCUCUGAACAAUGUCAUACCCGAGGGUGGAUCUCAGCCGCUCACUGUACGCUUAGCCGAGGAGCAUGGCAAAGCGAAAGCGCAGCAAUACAUGUCACAGGUGAAAUUGAUUGGUGGCGGCGGCGGCGGUGGUGGCGGUAUGGGCGGUCCUCCACCACCACUCAUGAAUAUGGGCUACAACAAUAUGGUGCACAGAGACUUCAAUUAUUCCGGCCUUAUUGACGGGCUUUAUCGCAAUAAAUCCUAUCACUAUCCCUAUUUAUAAUUCGUGACAAUGUUGCCGCUGCUGCUGCUGCUUGCAUCGACGAUCAUGGCAUCGUUCUCGGCGACUUGUGCACGCUAUCGCAUCGACUGCACCGUAUGCUGUUGACGAUCACGUACACGACACUUUUCACACACACACAAACAAACACACGUAUCCUACUCUUCCCUCGAACCAGCUAUCCAACAAUUGUACAGCCCAGAUAUUAAGCGUGCUCUUUCACAACAAUUACACAUAUUUAGGUAAAUAUACUACUAAAACACUAGCUAAUCUAUGCUAAUAAAUAGUUAUGUAAGUAUAUUAUGUAUAUAUACAUAGUUUAAAUGUGUGUAUAUAAACGUGGAAUACGUUUGUAUGCGCUUAAGCGGAAACUCGUACUAAAAGGUGGGCGAAGAAAAAAGGAAAAGUAAAAGAAAUGCAAAUUUUGACUUAAAACGUAAAUAAGUUGAAAUUGUAGUUGGCGUUUGCAAGUUCGUAAAUGAGUGUGGGGGUUAUUCAUGGCAUGGUACUAUUUGUAUAUUUGUAGCAAAUGUUGAACGAUCUCUAUUUAGCUAGUUUUUUGAUGAUUAGUAAAAGAGCUAGAGUGUUAGCCCAAAAAAGUGCAAACCAAAAGUGAAAUAAUGUUAGUGUGAAAAAAGCUGAUUUUAAGCCAAUUAUGAGAAAUUAGUCUAAAAAUCAAACAAAUUUUGCGCGUAUAAUUAAAGAAUAAAAAACAAACCAAAAAAAAACAUGUUAUAAGAACCAGAAGUGUUGAAAAAAAAAAACAUUCGAAAAUAUAUUUACAACAACUCAAAUUGUUAAAUUGUGGUAAAACAGCAACAAAUUACCAAUGUAUGCAUUUGUAGAAAAGUUGUUUAAGACACUAAAUUUUUGUAAUGAAUAAUUUUUCUACACAAAUGUAUGAAAAUUAUGCCACAAGCAACAACAAUGUUCCGACUGUGUUAUGAUAAGCUAAUUCAAAAAUAACCGUUAAAACUAUUAAAUAAUAAUUAAAAGUAUAUAUAUAUUAUAUGAUAAAAGCAUUAAAAAAUACUGCAUUUGUGUAUGUGUAUAUGCAUGCGUGUAUAAAAAAUCACAAAUAUAGAAAAAAAUACAUAGAUAUAACAAAUUGCGUGAUGAAGUCAUUUGUAUGUAUACUUAGUUAACAAAUGCAUAUGUAUGUUACAUGAAAAACAUAGAAACUGACACCGAAAUGUAAAUAAAACGUCAGUCAAGCUCUUAUAAAAGCGUUAAAAACAUAAUAUUGAAAAUUAUUUUUUUUUAAGUUUGUAUCUAUUCUAUAUAACACUAUUCUAAGUGUUUUUUUUUAAUUUUUUAGUGUUUUUUUUUUAAUUUUUCAGUGUUUUUCUUAAUUUUUUAGUGUUUUUUUUUUUAAUUUUUUAGUAUUUUUUUUUUAAUUUUUUAGUGUUUUUUUUUAAUUUUUUUAGGGUUUUUUUUAAUUUUUUUAGAGUUUUGUAAUUUUUGUUGAUUUAAUAUUAUUUUAGAUUUAUUCUUAUAAUUUUUUUAUUUUAAUUUUUACUGAUUUGCGGCAACAUUCAUUCUCGUUUUCAUUUUGCUAAAUUUAUUAUUUUUUUUAUUUUAUUUAUUAUUUUCCUAUAAUAAUAUGCUAAUCCUAUAAAUUUUGCCUUAAUUUGUAACAGAAUUACCGUAGUCAUACGAAAACCAACCAAUUCCUAAAAAAAUAUAAAUUACAAUUAAAAAAAUCGUGCUAAUUUUGUAUAAUAUGAGCAAAAAGAAAUAAAGCAAAUUGUUUUUGUUAUAAAAUUUAUUAUUUUAUAAAAACAUUUCGUUAUCGC